CCUGUUGAUCCUGCAUUCCUGAAAUUGGUCACGGAAGAGGUCGCAGAACUUCGUAUGUCUGUUAAAACCUUGGAAUUUGAAAGUGAAUCACAAGUUAGAGGAAUUUUCUUUCAUGGCCUUUAACCAUUAUCAGAUGAAUAGUAGGAACAGGCAUGGGACAACUGUCGUUACUCGUUAGUAUAAAUUUUGCAUGCCAAAUGAGCUUUCGCGCGUUUUGACUGGCUAGUUGACUAGUAAAUCUGACGCAAUAUAUUUACAAGCGGACUAGUAAAUAGUGCUUUUCAAAAGAAUGAUUCGGAAAACUUGGUUUCAAAAUCGAUGAAAUAUUACAAUUAAAAUUGUCGUAUAAGAAAACUAGACAAGCCCAACAUUUUGUGUUUUAACUUGAAAGGUAGAAAUAUUUUUUAUUAUUUUACUGUGUCAAACACAUUUACGGACAAUUUAAACGUUCUCUUCAAACAUUGUCUAUUUAGCGGAAAGACUAUCCUGAUGCUGGCAUAAACCUUGCUGUAAUAUUUUUUUAAAACCAUUUUGUUUUGUAUCGUAUACAUUUUAGUUUUUCUUUUGAUAUGUCAUAUUUUUAAUCUGAUGUACGGUGACGGUCACGCUGUAUUGUGUUUUCGAAACUUGUAAAAAGAAGUACUAUUUAAAACACGACCAGGAGCCUUAUGCGUACGCAGUAUGCGUACAAAAAACACUGCAGCACUAAAGCAGUAACCGUGAAUCGGCUGAAAAGAGUUUUAUUUGAUUAUUUCUGACAUAUGGGCAUUUUGUUUUAUUUCUCGACUUCGUCUCGAUGAAUAUUCAACGAUAAUCACUUCGCUUUCGUCGAAUAAUUGUUAAAUAUAAGCUACACUGUAUAUCAUUGAUAAAAAAUUAAAUACCUUUUAUUCUUUUCGAUAAAAGUUGAAACACAUUGUGCUAAUAAUUUCAGCAGAGCUUUGCAUCACGAUAAAGAUAAGAUAAUAAGAUUAUCCACUUAGUCGAUCCAAGUAUAUAGCGCUAAACUUUAACAAGAAAUCGUGAAUUUAGACUUGAUUUGUAAAACUUUAGCCUUACGAUGAUACAUCAUUGUCUAAGCACAAAGUUGUUGGCAUUCGCAUUAUCGCAUAUUAUAUUAAAUGAAAAUUCCGUGACUGAGAAAAUCAAUGCCAUUUCUCUGAUAGUCUACGUACUUCUGUCGCAGUGCAUGUAGCUUUGGAGUGACUUCAUCUUCUUCCUGAUCCUGUUAACCAUAAAAAUAUCUUAGGAACCCUCGAAAGUAUCCACUUUUUAAAUGUAGAACAGAACGUUUUAUCCCAUAUUGUGUCAAAAAAUGGGAUUCAAUUGAGAUGACCCACUCAAACUAAUGUGCUUAAUCUAAUCUUCAAGUCAGUAGAUUUUUAUAUAUGUGUAUCGUUAACUUUUAUAACCUUUCAACUUGUAAAUAGUAAGGCUACUUUUACCAAUUUGUAAUUUCAAGUUUUUGUGGUUGCUGGCUAUGCCAUGUACCUGCCAUUUGGAAAUUUUAAUAAAUCAUUCAUUCAUGUCAUUUAAUUUGAUCCAUUGCGUUUCUGGCGCGAGAAAAAUCGUACCCCCAUUUUAAGCACCCGUUAAGCAUGUGUCUUAAUUCAUGAAGUCUGCAUGUUGUAGCAUCGGAAUCAUUUAACAUGGUAUUUUUAUUAAAGCUGAAACCUAAGGCUAUUGCACUAAAUUUUUUAUAAUGCAUGCCAGCUUAAUUUAAAGUCGAGAUGCAAAGCAAGGGUUGUUGGGAUGUCUGGAGUACACAGUAUAUAGACUGUAUGUGUUUUGUUUACCUUUUGCCACGUAAAGACUAGUUAAUAUUUAAAUUGUUACAAUAUACUUAUAUAUUUGCAGAUGAAUACAUUCCUUGAGAAACUUGGUAACAUACAAUCAAACUUUGAUAACGAGUUACGUGAGCUACUUGGCAGGAUGGAAAGAUAUGAAAAGCGUGAGGCAGAGAACACGAAGGAAUUAAAACGUCUUCACGAAGACGUUGAAAAGGUCAAUAUGGAACUCUCAAAAUAUUAUCACAAACAGGAAGAAAAAGUUCCUUAUAUUUUCGAUGCUCCAGGCAGAAACCAAUAUUUCUCCGGGCGAACUCGAGAACUUCAAGAUCUUCAACGUAUUCUAAAUCUUGACGGUACUGGGCUGGAAAGGAAAGUUUGUGUAGCAGUCUGUGGUUUGAGAGGAGUCAAACUUGAAGUCUCUCCCAAUAUCUUAAAGUUUCUUUACGACGUUACAACACAACACGUCUCAGCAGCUGUUGUUAUGAUGACCAGAAGAAAAGAAAGUAAACUUGUUGACGAGAUAUUAAAUCUUCAUAAAGAUCGUUGUCUUAGUCUGAAAUGUCUAAAAGAAGAAGAGGCUAAGCAGUUUAUUUUUUGCAGGACUGGGUUGACUCGCGAUGACAACACGAACAGUGUCGCCGAAAGUCUAGUUAAUGAGCUGGGAGGAUUGCCACUCGCUCUAGAGCAAGCAGGAGCUUGUAUUAAAGCACUACGUUGCAACCUAUCUGACUACCUUGAGCAAUUUCAAACUGAACGCUUGACGCUGUUGAGAAGAGAGAAAGCAAACCGUGUAUUAUUCUUUGAAUCACCUGAACGCCUGGCGGUUCACACGACAUGGUUAUUAAACAUCAAACACAUAAGAGGGAGCCAGGAUGGCGAACAUGCCAUCCGACUCAUGAACGCUUAUGCACUCUUUAAUCCAAACGAGAUCGAAAAAGAAUUAGUCAAUGUUGGUGAACGUCCAAUUGAAGACAAAGCAUUUCGUGAUUGUAUGAGCUCACCUCUGGGUUGUCGUCAAGUUGUUAAACUGCUGAAUGAUUUUUCACUUUUCACGUAUGUCCAUGCGCAUUCUGUCAGUACCCAUCGCCUAGUUCAAGAGCUAGUCAGGGAAGAUCUUGACCCUGAGGAAAAAGCUAAAAGUUUUGUUGAUGCAGUACGCUUGCUUUCCUUCGCAUUUUCUAAAUGCGUAUCUCCAAAACAUCUACUGGGUAAUGUUGGUAUGGAAGAACGCUUGAAAGCCUAUGAUUUGCCAAGAAACCAUUCUCAAUAUUACUUGUGGUCUAAGCUUUGUUUUCAUGCCUUUCAUCUUCAGCAGAAUAUGGAAAAAUUACUGGCAAAUCCAGAUCCAAAAUGUCUAGGUUCGCUUUUUGUUUUCGAGACAGCCAAAGUUUUUUAUGAAUGCGUUGUUUAUUUAAGUGCUAAUCAGAAACAAGAAGAGGCUAAACGAACGCUAAAUUUCGUUUAUCGAAUACUAGAUUGGGUUUCCGUAGAAGAGUACGACACAAUACAAAACAGUCUUUCGAAUAACUCUCUGUUUUCUUUCCAUGUCAUUCCUUUGCCAAAGUGGCUUCAGAUUGUGAUAAAAAAAUGUUUUGUACCUCCUAUGUGUCCCCUUCAACCUCUUGACCAAAAGCCUACUGAGUCGCCAGAUUUAGAGGGGGACAUAGAUAAGCUUAAAUUGAAGGGAAAUAAGAAUUUUAUCGAUGGUCUCUACAAAGAAGCAAUAGAUGCUUAUUCUGCUGCCAUAGAUAUGAGUAGAGGUACAACUGUCUUCAACGCUUUAUUGCUGACCAACCGUGCUUCAGCUUAUAUCAAGCUUAACCAACUUGAUGACGCUUUGAAAGAUGCAAAUGAAUAUAUAUCUCGAUUUCCAGAUUGCUGGAAGGGGUAUGCUAGGAAGGCUUUGGCACUUAAGAAAGUCAGUGCUGGAAUUGCUGCAGCACUGGCUUAUUACUAUUUUUACCUAAAAGAUGGUAGAUGUAUUUUUUCAGAAUAUAAGCCAUUCAAAGGAUCGUUCCCAGGCCUAAAGGAGCGUAUCUCUAUAUGUCAUACUCCAAAUGACUUAUUGGCGAUACUGCUUUCACAAGAAAGCAAUACACAAGAAUGUCUGCGGGUUAUAAUUUUGGGAUCAAAGGAGUAUAUUUUAGAGAUGGAUAUGUUUCUGCCUGUUGUCCCGAUGAAAAACUGCAUCAUAAUUGGUGCAAAAUCCAAUGCCUCUAUCACUUUGAAACUCGAAGGUAACACAUUGCUUCACUUGUCUGAAAACUGUAUGCUUGCAAAUCUUUCUUUUGCUAUUGACGAAGGUCAAAUCAUAGGUUUGGGUGGUUCUUUUGUUCAUAUCCUUAACUGUAAUUUUACUUCCAAUAGUGAUAAUUUGGCAGCUGUUGUUACUAUCGAUGAGUUUAACGCAGAACGAUGUAAUUUUACUAACUGCAAAGCCGGUGGACUGCUGUGUAUGGGACCUGGUGGUAAUAUGGUUGUUGAUGACUGCACAUUUUCAGCUAAUGUGAGAUUUGGCUUAGAAGUGCGCGAAAAUGGAAUACUGACAGUGAGGAAUAGUCGCAUGUAUAACAACGGUUUGGAUGGCUUGGCGAUAGGACCAAGGGCGGCAAAAUGUGACGCAUUUGAUUGUCAAAUUUAUAACAAUGCACGCGAAGGAAUUGCUGCCGUUGACGAUUCCAAGUGCGUCACCCUCGUGAGAAAUCGUGUUUUUGAAAACUACGAGAGUGGUAUAUUUGUGAGGAAUUCGGAAGUUGAUUUAAGAGAGAAUAAGUUUUAUGAUAACGAAGCUUGGGGUAUUUGGUUGGACAGUUAUUAUCGGUGGAAUGUGUCAAUGAAUGAAACUUUCCGUAACCAACUUGGAGGAGUUCGUGUUGGAGGAAAACGGCGCACCGGAGAAGAAUUAUCUCCCUCAGUUGUUGAAUUGAACACGUCCCAUGAUAAUUUUGGCCCUGGAUAUGUUGACAGCGUUUACUCUAUUGAUGACUAUCUUCGUUUUCCAAAAACAAGUGGUGAUUGUAAAUCUGCAAAAUACGAUCAGAAUGUUGAGUACAAUAACGAAGAAAGAAUUACUGGUAAACAAUGUAGACUGUGCUUAUCUUGCUGUUCUGCGUGCUUUCGAAAGUUUAAAGAUUUGAAACAGUGUGGUAAUUGCUUCACUGCUGGGUAUUGCAAUCCAAAUUGCCAAAAAAGACACUGGUUAAAACACAAGAAAUUAUGCAUGGUCUUACGCGAGAAGUCCAGCUUUUUGCUCUCUUCGUUGACGAAGCGCAAUUCUCACGACGAGAUGGUUCUUAAGGCUUAUAUUCACACGAUAAGUGUUGAUGGUGUUGGACCAAAGUACAGCCCUCCUCCACCACGAGAUGGGAAAAGAUUCAUUGUUAAAGUGCAACUGGAUUUCGAUCGUACCAUAUCUAUGAUUGGGGGAACACCGUACACGCUUCUCAUUUACGACCGAAGUCUUGAUGUUCUCCAAACCAUUCAAGAUGAUUUUAUUCGCCGUCUUGUGAAAGAUUUUGGCGUCCUUUGCGAAAGGAAAUUUCGAGAGAAGAAGCUCUGCCUUCACUGCGCAUUUGACAAGACCGGUGAGCUACGAUUUUUCAUCAAUGAUUUUGCUGACUUUCAGAAAUGGUAG